UGAAGUGCUGUCAUGAGCUCAUAUCUUCGCCUUAUCCAAACAUCGCGAGCUGCCAAGCGACUCCAACAGUCGAACUAGGCGGAGCAGUUGAGGUCGGCGUGAGCAAGCAACCAAUGGAGGCGAAGCUGUCCGAGGCGUCGAAGCGGGCGGCCCCGUCGGCCAUCCAGCAGCUCUCCCACCUCGCGCAGCGCGUCGGCGCCGUCAACCUCGCCGAGGGGUUCCCUGACUUCCCCGCGCCCGCCCACGUCAAGGCCGCCGCCGCCGCCGCCAUCGCCGCCGACCUCAACCAGUACAGGCAUGUGCAGGGGAUCUGCGACGUGCUCGCGGCGACGAUGAAACGGGACCACGGCCUCGACGUCGACCCCCUCACGGACUUCGCCAUCUGCUGCGGGCAGUCUGAGGCCUUCGCCGCGGCAGCAUUUGCAGUUAUAGACCCAGGGGAUGAGGUUCUGCUCUUCGACCCGGCUUACGAAACCUAUCAAACAUGCAUUGAGCUGGCCCGGGGCAUCCCUGUGUAUGUGCCAUUGGAUCCACCUUCUUGGACACUGGACGCAGAUAAAUUUUUGAAGUCGUUUGCUAGUCGGACAAAGGCAGUGGUCUUAAAUAGCCCACAUAAUCCAACAGGGAAGGUCUUUAGCAUGGAGGAAUUGCUCAUUAUUUCUCAAGCUUGUCAGCAAAUGGACUGCUUUGCAAUAACUGACGAGGUUUAUGAGUAUAUUACUUACGAUGAGAACAAGCAUAUCUCUCUGGCUUCUCUUCCAGGAAUGCAAGAGAGGACAAUCAUCACAUCCUCACUGUCAAAAACAUACAGUGUAACUGGUUGGAGAAUUGGUUGGGCUUGUGCUGCAGCAAGCAUAGCCGCAGCAAUAAGAAAUAUCCAUGUCAAACUGACGGAUUCAGCUCCUGCACCAUUCCAAGAAGCUGCAUUGAUUGCGCUAACCAGCACACCAGACUACUAUGAGUCCCUUAAAAAAGACUAUGCAGAGAGAAGAGACUUGAUUCUUCAGUUACUGAAAAAUUAUGGUUUCCACAUUAGCUUCAAGCCACAAGGUUCAGUCUUUGUGUUUGCUGAGUUGCCCAAGUCUUGGCAAAUUUCUGAUAUAGAUUUCGUGACGAACUUGAUCAACAAUGCGGGUGUGGCGGCAGUACCUGGUCGUGGCUUCUUCCACAUAGAUGUCGACGACCAAAGUUACCAUCACCGCUAUGUGAGGUUUGCGUUUUGCAAGAGCGAUGAGACCCUCAAGGCUGCUGCCCAGAAGAUGAUGAAGCCAGUUAAAAGCAACGGGAAAGUGUCACAUGAGACAGAAAGCUUUUGCGUGUCUGAGAAAUGAAGGAAUGAACAUGUAACCAAGUAAAGAUGCUUGGAGACUACAGUCAAGGUGGUGUUGGAGCUGAUCCUAGCUCCCUUCUUCCACAUGGCUGCUUCACCCAGGCCCCAGCUUGCAUAAGAACACAGAGACAGGAGUUUGGUGACGUGCUGUUUCACACAGCCAGCAUCUUUUCUCACUUUUAUUUCUUUCGUUGAAAGCAAACAUGAUUUACAAUGCUUAAAUAGGCUCACGCACCCACAACUCCACCUGCCAAACUUGCCUAACUAACUCCAUGCAAUAACUAAUCGCUAGCUACAUUUGAAUAA